CUCACACCUGAGCUCGACGGAUUUAUGACCGAAGCCGAGCGUCCUGACACGCAGCGGCCCGGUCCUGACGCGUGCAGAGACGCACACGCCCCGUUUUUAUUACUCUAUUCACUCAGACGCCGCUGGAUUUACAGUGUCCACCGGGAUCCUGCAGUGACACACGGUGAGAUAAAAAAAAAAAAAAAAGAAGAAGAAAAAAAGAGGGACAGGGAGGUGAUGUUAGGGAUGGACAGGUGAUCUGACCACCUCGUGGAGUAUAUAAGGCCUUGUGUGUUUUAGUGGAGAAAGACACAGAGACACUGUGAUUCGAUUCAUCAGCUGAAGUGAUGCUGGGUAAAGCCGUCCUGUCCUGCGCUCUGCUCCUCGCCGCUCUGGAGCCUCUUCUCACACACCCCAUCACACAGCUGGCUGGUAUGUCCUACACGAGGCCUGUUUCAGAAGAGGAGCAGGCGAUGAGUCCAGACGAGAUGUCUUACUCCGAGGCGUUUCUGUCUCAGGGGUCAGCGGGGAUCGGCUUCCCGUCCUUCCACACAGGAGACAACAGCAGAGAAGCUCUCAGAGCAGCCGGUUUUGCUCCCAAACAAGUGGUCAAAGAGGCGCUGAUAGAGAAGCCCUGGUUGAACCCAUUCAGCAAUUUCCUGGGUGGCAGGAAACAAUACCGGAAGCGUGGGGGAAACUCUGAGUGCUUCUGGAAAUACUGUGUCUAAAAAAUAAACACACACACACACACAUGCUGCACAUGCAUGCUUACAGGCUGUCACCCAUGCUUUUACAAUGACCUAGAAAAGACUUUGUGUAUAAGUAGACUGUCAGAUGUGACUUGAUUUUGUACAUCGACCCUUGGCACAGGUGUAAAUAGAGUAAAUA